UCGAGAAAACACAGCUACCAUCCUAUUAAAGAUAUUAAAGAGACUUCUUGGGCAAGACUGGAACAAUGCGAAACGAUAUAAAGAUCAGAAUCGGCAAUUAUCUAUUACACAUUUCGAUAGUUUUCGGAUAUCAAAAAGUACACAGUUGAAUAGAACUUUCCAGAUGUCUUAUAUCAAAGAACCAGAGUAUUCGUUGGCGUCCGGUAAUGUUCAUCCUAAUCAAUGUUUCGAAGAAGUGAGAGACAUAGCCAGAAGAAAUGUUUAUUGUCCCCGAAAUUGCCAUCAGCAGGAAACCCUAUUAACAGGGGGCCAUCGCCACUGCAAUUACCACAGCUAUAUGAUAACCAGUGAUUACAAUUCCUGUUCUGACGAUUAUAUACUAGAAUGUGUUGAAGAUGAUAAAGAAUAUAUACUUAGAUUAUAUCUUCAGGAGGGAUAUCGCCGUAAAUGCCAUGGUUAUCAGUGUCAUCACCAGUCAAAACUACAGAACAAGAAAUUUGAUUACAAUAGACUUCAGAAUAUAAAUCGAUGCAAUAAGAUUGGGAAGCAACGAUCCGUUCAGAAUAGCGUUAGUUCUGCUUCUGAAUAUUACACUGAUGAAUUAGAAGACGAUGUAUCCUGUCCCGAAAAACAAUGUCAGCCGGAAGACGAAAGCCAAGAAAAAGAUAUUCAGAAGCGUAUUAAUGUUCAGAAACAAGAAUGUCUCGAAAAUAAAUCUCGCCACGAAUAUAAUCAUUAUUAUAAUUGUCAGGAUCAUCAUUGUCGUUGUUGUUUACAUCAUCCAUAUGGUAGUGAGCAAUAUGAUGAGUCAGAGACAUGUUCCCAGAUAAGUGAUAAUCUGCGGGAAAGUGAAACAAUAUGCCCAUUCUACCAUCAACAUGAACAUCACCACCACCAUCAUCAUCAUUAUUAUUGUGACCAUAAUCAUGACCACUAUAUGCAAUAUCAUAAACGAUAUCCACACUGUUAUCCAAGUUUCUAUGGCGAAAAUCAAUUUGGAAAAGAAAAUAAUAAAUACUAUGCAUAUGAGCACACUAGAAAGCCCGAAAAAUAUAGUGAAAAUACAUACCAAAAUCAGAAAUGGGAAGAGACGCCAGUACAACAAACACAAAAGUCUGUUCUGAAGAAUAAAGAUAAAAAACAAGACAAUAUACAAGAAACUGAACAGAAACGGGAGAUUGAAGAGCAGCAACGAUUGGAAAUUGGGAGUAAAUUAAAAGAAAAAGAGCAAUAUAAACCACAAGCAUCGAAUAUUCGGGGGAAAAAGUCAGAUGAACUUCGACAGGAGAAAAGCAAUAUGAAAAGUGACAAGAAAAAUGUGCAGCUACAGAAGCCGAAGAAACAAGAACUUCAGCAUCAGCCGGAGAAUGCCAGUCAUAAAAAAAGGCAAGUAAAUGAAUCUCUACAACUAACUAAACAGCAUAAGCAAAAACGUACAACAAGCAAUAUUACACAAGAUAAUAUAACAUCAAACAGAAAGAAGAUGCAAGGUGGUCGAUUAAUUAAGCGUGAAAAUAAAGUGAAACAAAUAGAGAAACAACUUUCCAAGCGGAAGACACCUAUCAAGCAAACAAAAAAGCAAGAACGAGAACAGAACAUGAAAAAUGUUGUCCCUGAAAUAAAUGGGCAAAGUAAACGCGCUAAACAACAGCAAUUACCGCAGAAAGCGCAGAAGAGUGCAUCGUCUAUCAGUAAACAAUGCCCCGUGAAUAAAGAAUGUUCAAUCGAUAAAAUAUGUCCCUUGGAUAAAGAAUGUUGUGUAAAUCAAGAAUGCUCCAUGGAUAAAGAAUUUUGUAUAAAUAAAGAAUGCUCCAUGGAUAAAGAAUGCUGUGUAAAUAAAGAAUGCUCCAUGGAUAAAGAAUGCUGUGUAAAUAAAGAAUGCUCCAUGGAUAAAGAAUGCUGUGUAAAUAAACAAUGCUCCAUGGAUAAAGAAUGUUCUAUAGAUAAACAAUGCUCCAUGGAUAAAGAAUGUUCUAUAAAUAAACAAUGCUUCAUUAAUAAAGAUUGCUGCAUCAAUCAACAAUUCGAGCACCGGUCUCCAGAGACUUGUCAUGGUAAAUGCCAGCACAUGGUGUAUCGUCUGAAAUAUUGUAAAACUCAUCUUCCUUACCAAAACUCAAUACUGAUUAAAUUAUAACCAGGAUUUUUCGAACUAAUAAAAUAGCAAAUAUCAAUACUGCACACAAGUUUCUAAUACGCUCAAUAAACAAUAACUAUAAAUAACAUGAUCUCUGAAGAAACAGUAACAACCACUGGCAAUGAUUCAAAACUUCACGUCAUUAUACUUCAGUAGCAUCAUACAUAAUUGUUAGUUAUAAGACAUUCCUUAAUAAAUCUUUUGGAUAUUAUUCAA